UAGAGCCCAAACGCGGAGGGGAGAAAGGGGACGGGACGGGAGCCUCGCAGGCGGGCUGUGCCGGCGGUUUGAGUUGCCUCUGCCAACAACAAGCUAUUAAAGACAUGGGACUCCGGGCUGGCUUGGCUAGCAGAGGGGAUCCAGUGUGCAGAGGGGACUGACCGGCAAAGCAGAGGAGCGGAAACUUUCAGGGAUCUUGAAAGGCGGCGGCGGCGGCGGCGGCGAUGCGCCACUCUUCCAGGGUCACUAUGGAAACCAUCCAAAUGCAAGUACCUUUGGUCUUCCUUGUACUCCCACUGUUUGUUUUCGGGGCUCCCGCUGAUGCGUCUGGUCCCCAAGAAGUCACCAUCACCUCGAACAGUUGCAAACGUUGCUGUGAUUCCCUGGAUGCACCUGGCUCCUCUGAGGCCAGUCCUGUCAGAAACAGUCCCCACUCCUUGCCGUAUAUUAUUCCAGAGGUGCGUCCAUAUAUCAACAUUACCAUUCUGAAGGGAGAUAAAGGAGAUCAAGGAGAACCUGGGAUUCCUGGGAAAUGGGGCAAAGAGGGGCCCCCGGGUGAACGGGGAGCCCAGGGCCCGAAGGGCAGCAAGGGGCAGAUGGGUGCCCCCGGAGAUCCUUGCAAGCACCAGUAUGCGGCCUUCUCGGUCGGCCGCAAGAAGGCGCUCCACAGCAGCGAAGGCUACCAGGCCUUGAUCUUUGACACGGUCUUCGUGAACCUCUACAGCCACUUUGACAUGUUCAAGGGCAAGUUCUACUGCUACGUGGCUGGCCUGUACUUCUUCAGCCUGAACGUCCACACCUGGAACUUCAAGGAGACCUACAUGCACGUCAUGCGGAACGACCAGGAAGAGGUCAUCCUCUACGCCCAGCCCAGCGACCGCAGCAUCAUGCAGAGCCAAAGCCUGAUGCUGGAGCUGCGGGAGAACGAUGAGGUCUGGGUGCGCCUCUACAAGCGAGAGCGCGACAACGCCAUAUACAGCGACAACGUGGACAUCUACAUCACCUUCAGCGGCUACCUGAUCAAGCCCAGCCUUGAGUAGCUGCUUGCCUUUCAAGCACCUCCGCUGCCCUCCUAAGCAUUACUGUUCAAAACUGCCUGUAAGCUGCUGCAAAUCAUACACAGAAGGACUGGAAGCAUCCAAAGAAUGCGGGGCCAUUCAAGAAGACCAUUUCACUAGAGAAUUAAGACGGAAGAAAGCAGUGUUUGGGAUCGAAAGC